UUUUUAUUUAAACUAACGUAGAACGUGCAUGGCUUAACGUGCUUUUGUGUUGUCCGGGUAGUUCUCCUAAAAUCAUGGAUCACCAAGCUUUCUAAACAACAAACCUUUUCUUUAGUUCUACGCACUAAGCAUUUAAAUGAUCUGCUAGUGCUUGGGUUAUAAAUAGACAGGGUGCGUAAUACAGAUUAGUAACUGAGAGAUACGCUUAUACACUUUACAAAGCUUUAUUAUUAUCAUACGUAGCUGCGUAUUAGUUUUUGCAGAAGCUUUAAUACCCUUUUACUACGUAUUAGUUAAUAAACUGCUGGGUUAUAAAAAUUCUUUUCUCCUCGUAGUUUUUGUGUCCGGCGAAUUAGCCGAAGAGCCCAUUAUAUCUUGGGGGAAGAUUUCCAGCCACCGGAAAUACUUUCUUUAGGACAGCGACUAGCGCGUCUCGGGCUGUUUUAUUUUUCUAACAUUAUUUUGCAGGUUCCGACGACGAAUAUAUCUCCAACAAUCUAAAGAAAGUAUUACUAUGGCGUUGCCGACGUUCUUACCCAAUCCAUGCCGGCCAAAGACAACUCACCCGAAGGCAUCAAGCUCCUUCAACAGUGGACCCACGCAAACAAGGUUUGCCGUCAUACAAUUCUUAGCACUUUAUCUAAUGAAUUGUUUGAUGUUUAUUGCACGAAAAAAGAAGCGAAGGAAAUUUGGAGUUCUAUGAUAGCCAAGUACACGGCUGAGGACACCGUCAAGCAGAAAUUUGUAAUAGGAAACUAUUACAAGUGGGAGAUGAAGGAAGACAGAGACAUCAAGGCGCAAAUUCACGAGUACCAGACGCUGUUGGAGGACCUUCAGAGCAUCCAGAUAGAGCUGCCGGAGCCAUUCGUUGCCGGGAUUCUCAUUGAAAAGUUGCCGGAGUCCUGGAGAGACUAUAGACGAGACCUCAAACACGACUUUGGGCUUAUGUCUUUCAAUGAUGUGAUUACCCACAUCAUCAUUGAAGACACAAACCGGAAGGAAAAUGUCAAGAGUCAAGCAAAGGAAUAUACAUCAAAUGCAAACUUGGUGGAGACGGAGGACAAAGGGAGGUAUGGAAAUAAUCAUUCUAAUAAUAAGCCCAAUUUCAAUAAAUAUAAACAAACCACAAAUUUUAAAAGAAAGGGUGAAUGUUAUGUUUGUGCGAAACCGGGGCACAUUGCUAGUAAAUGUCGAAAAAGGGCGUUUGUGAACAACAAAAAACCACCCAAACCAAGUGCAAACUUGGUUGAGGGUGAUGAAAUUAUAACGGUGGUUGUCUCACAAACGUGCCUGGUGGCGGAUGUGAAGGAGUGGGUUGUAGACUCAGGAGCUACUAGGCAUAUUUGCCAAGACAAAAGUGUGUUUUCCUCCUAUACAUCAAUAGGGGAUGAAGAGGAGUACGUACAUCUUGGGGAUUCUAGAACUACCCAGGUGCACGGAAAGGGCAAAGUUAAUAUCAAACUCACAUCCGGCAAGACAUUAUCACUCACCGAUGUACUUCAUGUGCCCGAGAUACGGACGAAUUUAAUCUCUGUUUCACUCUUGGGAAGAGCCGGUGUCAAGGCAUCCUUUGAAUCCGACAAGGUGGUUCUCACUAAGAAUAAUAUAUUUAUUGGAAGAGGUUAUUGUAAUCAAGGGCUUUUCAUGUUGAAUGUGUCAGAAGUGUUGAAGUAAUUUGUUUUCUAGUUAUUGAUAAAUAAGUCGUGAGCUACAUUUGUUUACUAUUUUAUUUGCUAAAUAAGUGUUGUAAGCAUCUUUAUGAUAUUACCACGUAUGAAUUUUAGUUUGAAUAAAAUCAGAUUUUUAAUGGCC